ACACACGUGUUCACCGACCAAGCGCCUCGGAGAGAAACAAGCGUGCGAAGCUGCGCUCGUGCGUCUCUAUCGCGGGCUCCAAGACACGCACUCUAAGGUAGAAGUAACUUUUAUCCUCCAGAGAAGAGUUAUAAACCACCUGGAAUAUACAUCUGGUCAACGGUGUCACGGCAAACGAUAACCAUGUCGGCCUCACCGGCGAAAGUCAACAGAAAGGAGAAUUCUAAUCACGACGCAGCGGACGAGACCUCUGAAAAAGAGCAACAGGAAGCAAUUGAACACAUCGAUGAAGUACAGAAUGAAAUUGACAGACUGAACGAACAGGCUAGUGAAGAAAUUUUAAAAGUAGAGCAGAAGUACAACAAAUUACGCCAGCCCUUCUUUCAGAAACGAUCAGAUCUCAUCGCCAAAAUUCCCAACUUCUGGGUCACAACAUUCGUCAACCAUCCACAAGUUUCAGCUCUUCUGGGGGAGGAGGAUGAGGAAGCACUUCAUUACUUGUCGAGGGUGGAGGUCACUGAGUUUGAGGACAUCAAGUCUGGAUAUAGAAUAGAUUUUUAUUUUGACGAGAAUCCAUAUUUUGAGAACAAAGCCCUCUCCAAAGAGUUUAAUGUAAACGAGAGCGGAGAUCCUGUUUCCAAGUCCUCUGAAAUCAAAUGGAAGGCUGGAAAGGACCUGACGAAGCGUACGGGCCAGACCUCAAACAAAGCUGGGAAAAAGAGGCAGCACGAGGAGCCAGAGAGCUUCUUCACCUGGUUCACUGAUCACUCCGAUGCAGGAGCUGACGAGUUGGGGGAAGUGAUCAAGGACGACAUCUGGCCGAAUCCACUGCAGUACUACUUGGUACCCGACAUGGAAGAUGAGGAAGGUGAUGGUGAUGAUGACGACGACGAUGAUGAAGAGGGUCUGGAAGAUAUUGACGAGGGAGAGGAGGAGGAUGGUGAAGACGAUGAUGAGGAUGGUGAUGGGGAAGAUGGAGAGGAAGACGGAGAGGAGGAUUAAACCUUCCAGCCAACACCUGUUCCCGUCCUGUGAUGGAGUCAUCCUGCAUCCCAGCGGAGCAAAAUUCUCGUGUGUGUGUGUGUGUGUGUGUGCGCCCCGGGGGGUGUGUCCCGUCUGUCCUCUGCAGACAUGUCCUAUUCGUAGUCCAUAACGCCAUGUCAUAGGCCAGCUCCAUACACAGAAGGUCUGCAUCGGGGGCGGGGGGAGGAGGGGUCUGUCCUGAAGUCUCACCUGUCACUGUUAUUCUUCCUCUCCCAAAGACAUUUGUUAAAAAAAUCAGUAGCGUUCUGCACGUCAUCCUGCGUAGAUUUGAGAUACGUACUUUAGCAAUUUCUAUGUAAAAUAUAUAAGUUUCUGUUGUAAGUUUAAUAACAAUGAAGCCAUGGUGCAGUGAUGACUCAGUCAAAGCAUCCGCAUCAAUAUCUAUACAUCUAUGCGUGUAGAUGCAUAGAUAACAUGGGGAGGAUGCUGGGACGUGUUACAAGUUGCAUUGUCCUUUGUGACUUGUACUACUGGAACUGAUUAAAGCACCAGCUUGUUGCUUUCAAUUCUUCUACAUGAUUUGAGUCAGACCGUUAAUCAGUGUGCAGCAUAAUGGGGGGGCGGCGGGGCUUCGACACCAAAUCUGGACUUCUGUUAAAUUAAUUCCUACGAACUUGUUUUUUUUCCAGACACCCGCAACAAGGUUUGAACUGUACUUUUUUUUUUUUUUUAUCGAAACAACUUGAAAGAUCUGAUUUUUGAGCUCAACCUAACAUUUGGAGAUAGGAGAGAAUAGAUUUGUGUAGUCUGCAGGGUUUCUCCUGUUCCACUGAAAACCUGUUGGCAUUAAAUUAAGUGUACCAGUUGCUUUGUUACAAGAAAUAAAUGUAUACAUGAUGUCUGGACUAGACCAAGGUUUAUUUUUCCUGUACUUGCUGUCAUUAGGCCCAGAAAUUACAUGGCACAUUACACUUUUGGAAAUAUUGCAAAAGUGAACUCAUUUAUAGAAUAAUAAAACGGACACGUGCACCUGUG